AUGUCCUCAAACACCGAGCAGUACUGGCGCAGGCAACUAGCUCAGACGGAGGCCGAGUACGAACAAAUCAUUCAAGGUCUCCGUGAUGAGGUGGAGCGGCAGCAACGCCGUUGCUGCGAGCUCGUGCACGAGCAGGCGAUGCAGCGCGCCACGGCUGCUGCCAAUAUCCGCGACUUUUGCCAGCAGUACGUGACGAGCGCAAAGCAGCAGCAGCAGCAGCGGGUGUGGUCGGGGACGACGGCCACGCGGAUGCCGCAGAGCGCAAAGAAGGACGUCGACAGUGUUCCCCUUCCAGUCCUCUUUGCCUUCCUGCACGAGUACAGUCACGGGUUGCUUCAGCUCCUCGAGAACAGUCGGAAGCGCCCUCGUCCAGACACGCAACUCAGCCCGCUGCAUCACCGCCUGCGUCAACGCAUGCUGGCGCGUCACUGGCGAACUGGCAGAGAAGAUGAGUUGAUGGACGAAUGGUGCAGCGGAGAGGACGGCAACGGAAGCGGCGUCGCAGCGUCGAGCAUGCCAUUGUUGAGCGCAUCAUCUUCUCCGACGUGGCCGGCCGUUCUGCCACGGUACGCGGAUCCGGAAGGAAGGCAGCAGAUGGCCCCGGCGAGCGGAAGCAGCAGUCCUGAUGGUGGCGGGUCGACAUAUCCUCGGCGCAGCGGUGACGGCACCGUCAGCAGCGGCGUGACGACCACAACGCUCUCAGCGGAUGGCACGGCAGUCCCAAUGGGAAAGGCGAGCACCGCCACAGAUGGUGAUGCCACCCACGGCGGUGGUGGUCCAGUGAUGGCUGCCUCGGUAUUUGGUCUUCCCUCACUGCUACCUCGGUAG